AUGACAUUAUUGCUUUUGUUUUUCUUAUUAGAAUACUCAAAUUUUGCCCCAUUACCAGCUGCUGAUGCUGAUGCAAAAUGUUCUUAAAAUGAUCUAUUUAUUUUAAGUAAAGCAUCUAUUAUUAGGGAAAAUUACAAAGAUGUAACUUCAUAAUUUAAUGGAGCACUUCUAUCUUCAGCAAGAAAAACUAUUUUUCGGACACAGGGUAUUGACAAUCUUCCUUUAAGAAAUUUACUCUACUACUACCCUUCAGAUCCAAAUCUUCCUUAAGGGCAUGUUGUUGCCAAUCUGGGUGAAUCAAUAAUAGUGGAAUUUUAUUAAGCAUACAAAAUCAAUACUGUAAGGUUUUGGAUGUGGGAUAUUGAUGGUAGAUAAACAGACAUGCAAGUAUUUGCAAUAGCAGCUGAUAGGAAGACUGAAAAUGUCAUAUAUGAUGGUAUUGCACCACCUAAUGUAAAUGUUGUAAAAUUUCUGAUUAAUUGGUAUCAGGAUUCAAAUUUUAUAAUAGAGGAGGGGAUAGUAUAUUCCAUUAAUAUAUGUCGAUCAUCAAAAUAUAGGCUUUCUAUGCUUUUUGAUUAGCUAUAUUCAUUUAAACGACAAUAAUUUUCUAACAUAUUAUAGAUUAGUAUAUUUAUGUUAAUCAUUUUCAAUAAUUAACAAAUUCUAACUAAAUCAAUUUUAAGAAUAUAGUCUUUCGAAUUGAGAUUAUCAUAUCAUUUCAUUUAAUAAAAAAUAUCUAAAAUAAACUUUAUAAUUUAUUAUCUAAUAAGCUUUAUUCAAAAGCUUUAGCAUAAUAUUUUAUGA